GAGGAGCGAGAACGCUGAACAAGCUUCACUGACUGACUGACUGACUGUAAUGUGACUUUUUGACUGUCGGGCUCUCAGGACGCUCUUAUCGUCAACAAUGUCAAACUCCGUGAAGAACGUGGUCAUUUUCGGCGCGACGGGAAUGACCGGCCUGGCCACCCUGCCACUCGCGACGGCUGCAGACUACAACGUGACGGUGCUGGUGCGAGACCCCGCCAGGCUCCCGGCGGACCACAAGGCAUCCAGGGUGGUGGUUGGAGAUGUUCUCAACAAGAACGAUGUGAAGAAAGCCAUGGAGGGCCAGGAUGCCGUCGUCAUCAUCCUGGGAACCAGGAACGACCUCAGUCCGACCACCGUCAUGUCUGAAGGUACCAGAAACAUCGUGGAGGCCAUGAAGGCUCGCGGUAUCCGCAAAGUGGUGGGCUGCAUGUCAGCCUUUCUGCUGUGGGAUAGCUCCAAAGUGCCGCCUCGCCUGCUGGCCGUCACCGAGGACCACGACAGGAUGUACAACGUCAUCAAGUCGUCCGGCCUUGACUACGUUGCUGUCAUGCCGCCUCACAUUGCGAACGAUCUUCCCCUGACGGAGCGCUACUCGGCGACGGAGAAUGCGCUGAGGGGACGAGCCAUCUCCAAACACGACCUGGGACACUUCCUGGUCAAGUGUCUGUCCAUCAACGAGUGGGACGGCAAGACGGUGGGCGUAUGGGGCGACUACAAAUAGUUCAAAUCACCACCUUUUUUCCCCAUCUGAACACAUGAACAAAAGCUAUAUUUUUAAAUAAUGAUACCAGCUCUUCUUACAGAUAAAGAAACCAUAUAUGGGUGUUCAUUUGAUUUCGGGCACUUUUGAUUUUAGUUUUUCUCAAAAAUAAAAUGUCCCAAAAACUAUAUAUAGGUGUUUAUUUGAUUUCGGGCACUUGAUUUUCGUGACUGUCAUCACCACCACACUGCACUAUGUGAUGACAUGUGAUGGUAAUGACAUUUCAAAGGUUUUAGCUAACUGUGCUAUGCUGGUAGAGUUAGCUUAAAUUGUUCUUUUAGCUAGCAAGUCCUGUACAACAUUUAUAUGAUUAUCAAGUUUUUACUGGAAAAAAAUUCAACAUAUUAACACUACAAGUCGUUUGGUAAUGACAUACAAUAAAAAUAUGUGACUUAAGGGUACAAAUGAGGAAAAAACCUACCAGUUAUCAAAAUGUCUGACUCUGCCCUAGCAUGUGCUUGAGUGACAAGACAAAAUGACACAGGAAAUUAAAGAAUCAGAUUUUAAAUAAACUUGACUGAUCUUAAAAUGGGCGGCACGGUGGCCGACUGGUUAGAGCGUCAACUUCACAGUUCUGAGGACCCGGGUUCAAUUCCCGGUCCCGCCUGUGUGGAGUUUGCAUGUUCUCCCCGUGCCUGUGUGGGUUUUCUCCGGGCACUCCAGUCCCCCCCCCCAAAAAAAAACAUGCAUUAAUUGGAGACUCUAAAUUGCCCGUAGGUGUGAAUGUGAGUGCGAAUGGUUGUUUGUUUGUAUGUGCCCUGCGAUUGGCUGGCAACCAGUUCAGGGUGUACCACGCCUCCUGCACGAUGACAGCUGGGAUAGGCUCCAGGAGAAGCGGCUCAGAAAAUGGAGGAGGAAAAGCGGAGGAGAAAUGGAGGAGGAGAAGCGGCUCAGAAAAUGGAUGGAUGGAUGAUCUUAAAAUGGUCAAUGUGGCAGUAAUGACAGCAACUUUAAGGGACAGACAUAUUUUAGUAAAAAUAAAAAACAGAAUUUGAAAUGUCUUGUAUAUAUAUGAUGAGAAAUCAUUCAUUCUAUUAUAUUUUAAGGAAUUAAUGGUAAAAGUUACACCAUUUUAGCAUUUUUUUAGUAGAAAGAUAGAGCUUCAUAUAGCCAAACCCUGUGCUUACGACAGGGUGAAAACUGUAAAAUACCACCAUAAAAACGCUAAAAAAAAUGUCAAAACAUACUAAUAUUAACGUGAAAUUUUAGACAACGCUUAUAAGUAGGCACGCCCACUGCUGGUUAUUGAAAAAAUAUAUUUUUAAAAAUAUAUUUUCUUCAAAUUUUACAUCAAGGACACAAAAAGGCCCGUAAUCAAAUAAACACUGCCAAACUCUACCAGACUGCCAAACUCUACCACACUUGUUUUGUGCUUCUCAAAUAAAUCAAGUUGAACUAUU